UGUGUUUAGCAUACCGCCAGAUCCCAUUUUCAAACAAAAAAUAUUCAAAUCUAUUCGCAACGGUAAAUUAAAAACCUAAAAAUUUCCUAAACAGGCCAAAAUAUAAUAAUAUUAAUUUUGGGGUUUUUCAUUUUCAUUUUCUUUCUCUCUUAAAACAAUUCAUUUCUCUGUCUCCAUGUUCCAUCUUCCUGCUCGUAAAAGCAACGGCUGUGAUUGCAAUCGGUAGCUUCGGAUGCAAUCUAUGGCCCCACUCUGCUAGACCAAUCUUACUGUAUCCAAGCUCGCUCUAUUCGUCUUCCUUCCUCUGUGUCUCUCUUUCUCUCCUCUUCAAAAUGGGUUCACUGAACCAGAACAACCCUCCAUUUCUCAACAACAUACGAAGACUCUCCUUGAAUAAGGGUCUCAGUGAUGAAUUGAGUGGAGAUACGCUACAAAAUUCUAAAGUGAAAAAAAUGCUGGGGACUCCAAACAAUGGCAGAUUCCGGCAUGCGUUUUCGGUGGUAAAUGGGGCGCAAGAUCUUGGCCCGAAUAGCGCGCCGGCGAGUACCGUGGGAUCUGAAUGCGGUGGCAUUGACUUCACGAGAGAGGAUGUUGAGGCGUUGUUGAGUGAAAGAAUGAAGUAUAAGAACAAAUUUAACUACAAGGAGAGAUGUGAGAAUAUGAUAGAGUAUAUCAAAAGGCUUAGGCUUUGUAUCAAAUGGUUUCAAGAGCUUGAGUUAGACUAUGCAUUUGAGCAAGAGAAUUUGAAGAAUGCCCUGGAAAUGACAGAGAGGAACUGUGCUGAUAUGGAGAUAAUUUUGAAAAACAAAGAAGAGGAGUUGAAUAUGAUAAUUGUGGAAUUGCGGAGGAGCUUUUCUUCUUUGCAAGAGAAACUUGGAAAAGAAGAACAGGAUAAGUUGGCGGCAAUGGAUUCUCUCGCCAGAGAAAAGGAGACUAGACUUAGUAUUGAAAAGUCACAAGUUUCUCUCUUGGAAGAGCUGGGAAAAUCUCAAGCAGAACUCCAAGGGGCAAAUCAAAGGAUACAAUCAAUUAAUGACAUGUACAAGCUGCUACAAGAGUACAACUCAAGCUUACAACUUUACAAUAGUAAACUCCAGACAGAUGUUGAUGCAGCACAUGAAUCAGUUAAACGUGGAGAGAAAGAGAGAGCUGCGAUAGUGGAGAACCUCGGCAUCCUCCGGGGUCAAAACAGAUCCCUACAAGAUCAACUUGCUGCAUCUAAAGCUGCUCAGGAGGAGGUUAUGAAACAGAAAGAUACAUUGGUGAAUGAAGUUGCUUCUCUUAAGGUAGAAGUGCAACAGGUCAGAGAUGACCGUGAUCAACAGCUCCUGCAGCUUCAAAUUUUAAAAGCCGAGGUGGCUAAAUAUAAAGAUUUGGCAAUAAACUCACGUGACCUAGAGGCUAGAUGUUCAUCACAGAGUAACCAAAUUAGGACAUUACAAGAUCAGCUUGCAGCUGCGGAGAGAAAGUUGCAGGUAUCUGAUUUAUCUGCACUGGAGACAAAAACUGAGUUCGAAGAGCAAAGAAAACUCAUAAGUGAGCUGCAAAAUCGUUUAGGAGAUGCAGAAUUUAAACUUAUUGAAGGAGAAAAACUACGUAAAAAGUUGCAUAAUACCAUUUUGGAAUUGAAAGGAAAUAUUCGAGUAUUUUGUAGAGUGCGCCCCCUAUUGCCUGAUGAUGGUUCCAGCACGGAAGGGAAGGUUAUAUCCUAUCCUACAUCAGCAGAAGCACUUGGACGGGGAAUUGAUAUCACGCAAAAUGGGCAAAGGCAUUCUUUUACAUUUGAUAGAGUUUUUACUCCUGAUGAAUCCCAAGAGGAGGUCUUUGUAGAAAUUUCACAGCUUGUGCAAAGUGCUCUUGAUGGUUAUAAGGUUUGCAUUUUUGCCUACGGGCAAACAGGGUCAGGCAAAACUUAUACCAUGAUGGGUAGGCCUGGAAACCCAGAGGAAAAGGGACUAAUCCCGCGAUCAUUAGAACAAAUAUUUCAAACUAGGCAAGCUCUUCAAUCUCAAGGGUGGAAAUAUGAAAUGCAGGUGUCAUUGUUAGAAAUAUAUAAUGAAACAAUUCGUGAUUUGUUGUCAACAAACCGAGAUACAUCAAGGGGAGAAAAUUCUGUCUGCAAAAACAGCAUGCAACUCAAACAUGACGCAUAUGGGAACACGCUUGUCUCUGAUCUUACUGUAUAUGUUCGAAGUACCAAAGAGGUCUCCUUUCUUUUGGAACAUGCUGCUCGUAAUAGUGAGAAGAUAAUGCUACUGUUCAUCUUUUAAAUCUCUUUUAGUAAACAAUUUAAUGUUGAGGUGUUUCUUGUAGCAGUUUUUACGUAUGAAAAUUCAGCACAACAAAAAGAUGAUUGAUUCAAUAUUUUAUGCAGUCCGUAGCAAGACCCAU